AUGGAAGAACAGCAGAAGGACGAAGCCAAGGUAGGAGAGCACUGGUUCUGUGAGAGGGGGCGUCAGUGCAAGGACGAAGCUGAGGAGGUCGAGGACGUUGAGCAGCUGCCUCCCGAGCUGCAAGACGACAAGGACGACGAAGACGAUAAGGGGGAUGAGGAGGCGGUGGGGCCCAAGAGCAAGCAGCAGAAGCUGUGGCACCUCUUCCAAAUCUCCGCCAACUCCGUGGCCCAGCUCUACAAGGGUUCAGACUGCCCACAGUCAGAACUUUCCAUGUGGGACUCCUUCCAGAGUGCAUCCAUGGCUCUGACCAGCCUCUACGAAGAGAGCAGGGAUGCCCAGCAACGAAGUUUCAACCUGGGCGUCCAGGUUGGCAACCAGCGCCGCAUCAAAGAUGUGCUAGAUUGGGCAAAGAAGGGCCAAAGCACUAUUCUCCGCGAAGACCUGAUUAGUUUCCUGUGUGGCAAAGUGCCCCCUGAUCCUCCACCAGUGCCCCCCCACCUUCCACCACCGUAUAGCCCCAAGAUGGCCACUGAAUCCAGCUCGUCGCUGGACUUCAACUUACAGCCCUUCCAAGAGGCCAUCAACCUGCAUGAACUCAGUGGCGCCAUGGCGAGCAUUAGCUUGCAGCCUGGUCCACCCAGCUCCCCGUCUCAAGCUGGUGCCUUUUCGAGCAAUGUCGCUAGCGGUGAUCUCCAAAACAGUAGCACCCUCAAGGAAGACUUGAGCUCCGGCAAUUCAGAGGAUCUGGCCCUCCACCUGGCCAGCGGGGAGAUCGGCAAACGCACCUUGGGUGAGUGCGAUGAUGUCAUCACAAAUUUCCCCACCCGCAAGCGCAACCGAAUGGUUUAA